AUGACCAUCAACGAUGCGACACCAACGCCAGCCCCAAUCCCAGCCUUUGCUGUUGUGCUAAGAUCUCUGCUAGACUGCCCGCUAGAUGCCGUGUCAGGAUUUGUGGAAGAAUUCUCUGUUGUGGAAAUAGCUGCAUUGCUGGUUAUGUCUGUCUUUAUGGCUGUUGCUGUUGCUGUUGAUGUUGAUGUUGAUGUUGAUGUCCCUGCUGCUGCUGUUGUUGCUGCUGUGACCGGACCAGUUGGUACACCGAAUACAGCAUAG